AUGGCGACUACACCAAUGCCAAUGCGUACAGCCCGCGCGAUCGCGCUCUCUCUAUCAUGGUGCUUCGCCGUCAUCGCCGCGUCUGUAGGCUUAAACUCCCUCAUCAAGUCGAAUCAAUCGCAGAGUCACUUGAAAAAGCUGGCUACGCCGCCUACGGUCGUUAGCAUCGAUGUUCAUGACAUAUUCGACGUCGGCGUCCUAGCAACAACCUCCUCAACCCUAAUCUCCAUCCUAACAUUCAACUACCUCCUCCCCCUCCUCCUCCCCAUCACCUCCUCAUCCCCAUUCAUCUCCCGCCUCCAAACACUAUCAACAAAAACCCUCCGCAUCCAAGCAUACUCCCUCUUCUUCUGCUGUAUUGUCUUGUUGGGAGCAAUGAUCCCAUUCAUGUUGUUCUUCGCUACGCGCGAGGCGGUGGUUCGUGCGUUCGUGGGGACGCUUGAGUUGCCUAAGGAGGUGGUUCAGAAGGUUUCCGCUGCUAGUGGGAGUACGCCUGUGUAUAGCAAGAUUGACUAUAUCAGAUUAGUGGCCAUCUUCCCAUGGUUCUCACUCUUCUUCACCUUUAUCGCGGCGGUUGUUUUGUUUAAAGCGGACAAGGUGGCGCGUGCUGCUGCUGUUUUGAAUGCUAAUUUGGAGACGAGCGAUGAGAAGGCAAGGUCGGAGGCGAGCGAUGAGAAGGAGACGGAGUCGCGUCUUGAGAAGGUCGAUGUCUGAUGAGUAGUUUGGGUGUUGAUUGUGUCGCCUUUUUCUGACUUGCUUUUGGAUAAUGGAUGUUAGGCAAGUUGAGUGGCGUUUUGUGUCAACGGGGUUUGAUGCCGGGUUAUGAGGUACAUAAUGUAUGUAUACCAAACGACGACGGUGACAAUGACAUGUAUGCAUUUUGUACUAGU